UCCCGCGGUGCUGGCAGAAAGCUCCGGGUGUUCUGGGGUGUUUUGCUGUCGUCGGUCUAAAAGGGGAUUUACCGUUUUCCUAGGCGUGCGGGGGAAGCCAUUUAGUUCCCUCAAGUUAUGAAAAGACUUGGAGUCAUAAUGGGACAUAAAGUCACUUCACCUUUUCCUUCAAGCCUAGUGCUUUUAGGCAGUGAAGUCGUCCUCUUCUUAAAGCCCAUUCUUCUCUUGGUGUAAGGGUGGUUGGUAGAGUUGCAGGUUGUUCAAGAUAUCUUUAGACAGGGCUUGGUUGGCCAGAACUGCGCUGGGAUAGAAACUAUGAAGAAACAUCUUCCGUAAAACAACUCUUGCGUGACUGAGGCCAUGGCGUCUUCAACAAACUUAGAUGCUGGGGCCCAGUUAAUUGUAGAAGAAUGUCCCACUAGCUACAGCCUUCCACCCAUGCCGGACAUUAAAGUGGAGCAUCAGCUUGACUCUAGCACAGAGGAAGGCCCGGCUCAGAGUGUCGCCAUGGGAAUGAAAUUCAUUUUGCCGAAUAGAUUUGAUAUGAACGUCUGCUCGCGAUUUGUGAAAUCUUUGAAUGAGGAGGACAGUAAAAAUAUUCAAGACCAAGUUAACUCUGACCUUGAAGUGGCAUCUGUCUUAUUUAAAGCUGAAUGCAACAUCCACACUUCUCCUUCCCCUGGUAUCCAAGUAAGACAUGUUUAUACUCCAUCAACUACUAAGCACUUCUCACCAAUAAAGCAAUCAACUACCCUAACUAACAAGCACAGGGGAAACGAAGUCUCUACAACACCUCUGCUUGUAAACUCUUUAUCAGUUCAUCAGCUGGCUGCUCAGGGAGAAAUGUUGUACCUGGCCACACGUAUUGAACAAGAAAAUGUAAUCAAUCAUAAGGAUGAAGAAGGAUUUACCCCUCUGAUGUGGGCUGCAGCUCAUGGGCAGAUAGCAGUAGUGGAAUUUCUCCUCCAGAAUGGUGCAGAUCCUCAGAUUUUGGGGAAAGGGCGAGAAAGUGCCCUCUCACUGGCUUGCAGUAAAGGAUACACAGAUAUUGUCAAAAUGCUGCUCGACUGUGGAGUUGAUGUCAACGAGUACGACUGGAACGGAGGCACGCCUCUGCUGUAUGCAGUACAUGGGAACCAUGUGAAAUGUGUAAAACUUCUCCUCGAAAGUGGUGCUGAUCCAACUAUUGAAACAGAUGCUGGCUAUAAUUCCAUGGAUUUGGCUGUAGCCUUGGGCUAUCGGAGUGUUCAACAGGUUAUUGAGUCUCAUUUACUAAGGCUACUUCAAAAUAUCAAGGAAUAAUGCUUGGCUCUUCUGCAGGUCACAGUUCUUGGCUUGGAGAUCUGAACUGCUUUUUAGCCAGUAAUCAGUGACAAGGGUUGGUUGUUUUGUAACUUUACCUCAGUUCGACUAUUUGCUGGUUUUAGUUAAGCUUUUUAAUAUGCUUCCUCUUCUUUCAUUGUUGUUCUUAGAAAUACGCAAUGUCAUCCUCUUGUUAAAUAUAUUUUAUGUAAUUUUAGAAGACAAAAGUCAGUUGUUGUGCAUGAAAAACUUUGUAAAUAAAACCAGUUUUGACCAUCUAAAUGUUUACACUGAGUGCAGUGGGUGGCACUGUGCCAUGUGUCCUACUUGAUCAUAUCAUUGAUGCAUAUUCACAGGAAGAAAUUUGUGUAGAUACUGAGGUGUUUCACCAUGGAAAAUAAUGGCUUUACUGUUAGUAACACCAAAAUGUGUACAAUGUGAUUGUUUUCAAGAUCCCCAGUUUAUAUUACUGUGUCAGCUUUUGGUUUUGUCCAAUUUUUAAGAAGUUGGUAAUAAACUGAAGGACUUUGAUGGUAGUUUAAAUCCUACCUCGUUUCUUUCCACCUGCCUCUGCCUUCCAGUUGUAGACCUGAAACAAAUAGGCCAGAGUGUCCUAGACAGAAAUUUCUCUGGCAUAAAGAAGCCUGAUUGCAAGAGCAGAAUUCCUAGCUCCUCACUACCCUCCCCGCAGUGGCUGAAAGGAGACAUCAGCUGUAUGGGAAGAUAAGCCAGAGCCCACUGCAUUCCAGCCUUCUUCAGCUGGUGUGGUCCUUUGGAUCAUAGAGUAUCUCAAGUUGGAAGGGACCCAUAUGGAUCAUCCGAGUCCCAACUCCCUGCCCCUCACAGGACUACCUAAAACUAAACCAUAUGACUAAGGGCAUCAUCCAGACGCUCCUUGAAUUUUGACAGGCCCGGGACCAUGACCUCUCCCCUGGGGAGCCUGUCCCAGUGACUGACCACCCUCUCCAUGAAGAACCUUUCCCUAAGGCCCAACCUAAACUUCCCCUGACGCAGCCCCAUUCCAUCUUCUCAUGUCCUGUUGUUGGUCACCAGCACCUCCCCCUCCAUUCCCCUCCUUGAGGAAGGUGUAGGCUGUGAUGAGGUCACCCCUCAGCCUUCUCUUCUCCAAGCUAAGCAAACCCAGUGACCUCAGCUGUUUCUUACAUAUCUUCCUCCAGACCUUUCACCACCUUGGUCACCCUCCUCUGGACACGCUCUAAUAGUUUGAUGUCCUUUUUAUGCUGAGGUGUCACAACUGCACACAGCACUGGAGGUGGGAGCUGCACCCGUCCAAUGCAGAGUGGGACAGUCACUCCCCCUCAACCAGCUGGCUGGAUGCACCCCAGGACACAGUUGGCCCUUUUGGCUGCAAGGGCACGCUGUUGAAUCGCAUUCAACUUGCCAUCAACCUCAGCCCCCAGAUCUUUUUCUGUGGGGCUGCUUUCCAGCCUCUUGUCCCCCAGCUUAGAGGGAUGCCCCAGUGUAGAUCUUUAGUUGGAACAGCAAUGGCUAUUUUGAAAUAGGUUUGAAAAACAGGCAAGGUUAUAGCUGAUUUUCUGGUGCCUCUGCACUUAAAACUACACUGAGUGAUGGGACACAUGAUACUUUUGCACAAGUAAUAGAUUAAGCUUUUGAGAGAAACUUUUCAGAAGCUUUUCCCCUGACAAUAUGUACGCAUCCCCCACGGGGUGCAGACGUGUUUCCAUAAGCAUUUCUCCACUGUGCCUGCUAGAGUCUGCCGUCUGUUCACAUACACACACCCUUAAUCCCCACCUUCCUUCCCCCAACCCAUGGGCAGUGAGCCCAGCCUCCAAUUUACUCCUCACCUAGAGUUCACAAGAGAUGAGUGGACCCAGAUAAGUUACUAUAUUCCUAAUAUAGCAAUUCUACCAUGUUUAAUUUUUCUAUUUCAAAAAUAUUUCAUACACAAAGGCAAUCGAUACUACUUAAAGUACACGCACUGUGAUCCUGACCAGAGGUACUGGAAGGCUGGGGAAUAAUCCAGCAGAGUUCUUUAGGUCAGAGCCAGAGAACUUACAAAUUCAAAAUGCUAAGUUUGUUAUUUCAAAGUGACUGAAUAGGGGAAAACAUAGAAGAAACAAAUUAAAAUUACAGGGAUUAAACCUGAAUUUAUGUCCAAAUUUCUCUCCAACUCCAUACUGAAACACGUGUGGUAUAUAAAAGGUGUAAAUCGGGUCAGAAUUAACAUCUGAAAGGUUGUUUAUGUGAGAGCCAGUCCAAAGAUCCGUUUCUUUCACAAAGCUGAAAUUUGAAAUGGAAUGAGCUUUAAGGGCAACGAAUUAAGAAAAUGUAACUCAUCUUGCAGGUGCUGGUGAAAUCCUUGCUGCAUUUAACUGAGCAUUAUCCAUCUCCCAGGCUUUGACACUUGUAUUUUUAUGCGGGGUUUACACCAGUUUUAUGGUAUCAUGCAUGAUUAAAUCAGGUUAAAGAAACAGUAAAUCUGGCAUGCCUUGGAAGCGAGGGAAGAAAAUUGUUUCAUAAUCACAAUCUAGAAAUAUAUGCCUCAUUGUACGUACUUUUAAAAUAAAAUAACAUGAAAUGGCAAUUACUGUAGUUGCAUACUAGACAUAAUGAGAUUUAAAGGCCUUUGUAAAAACAAAUGUUGAAGUUCCAUGUUGGUUGAAAAACAACAUGAAUAAAAUGCAAACUGUGUUUUCUUGAAAUAUCAUAACCUGAUC